UUAUAGUGCUGCAGAUAAAAUGGCAGCGUAUUUAAUAUUUAUUUUGUGUAUACCUUUGGCAAUUAGUGCUAAAGGAGUGACCCUAGUGAUAGAUACUACAAAUUCUAUGAGAGAAGAAAUGGAUAUAAUAAAAUCGAACAUCAAAAUAGCAUUACGUGGAAUUCGUGAUGUGGAUUAUGAAUUCAUGUUGUUACCGUUUAGCGAUCCUGAAGAUAUAGGUCAUCUGGUUGGUCUAAUGGCGUCAUCUGGUCGUGAUUUAAUGGGCCUAAUAGAUUUAAUGGAAGCGACUGGAGGUCACGAUUGUCCAGAAAAAUCCCUAACAGCUUUAGAAAUGGCAUUACAACGGAGCAAGUCAAGCUCUUAUAUAUUUCUUUUCACAGACGCUAGACCUGAAGAUACUAAUAAGUUGGGUGCAAUAGAAACUUUAUGUAGAAGUCAACAAAGUCAGGUAUUCAUAUUCCUAAGUGACAAAUGCGACCCAGCCGACAAUUUCGACAUUUUCCACGGGGUGGCAAAGUCUUGCGCCGGUGCAGUUUAUUACUUCGAUCUAUCGAGUUUACGCAGUGCCUUUACAUACAUGAAGGAAAUCAUGAGAACUGAUUGGACCGAAAUGCGAACUCGCGAGGAAAUUUAUGGAAACAAACGGUUUUCGUUUUCUGUGGAUGCUUAUACUUCGGCUAUUAUGAUCGGCGUGUCAGGAGAUUAUCCAGAUUUGCAAAUUUUAAAUAAUUUCGAGCAAAACACAAACAUUGAACAUGUUAUAAGCACAAGGCAUGCAAAGGUUCUUCUCAUAGUGGACCCACCGAAAGGAGAUUAUUUUGUUGAGGCCCAAUGCAGGGGGUAUGCUGUCGUCACAUUUCUAGCACAUACAGAGUUGCAAUUCAAAUAUGGAUUUUCUCCGAAAUCUCCCAGAAGUCUCAAUGAAACCUCUAAUAGACCUCUACCGGGUACUACCAGUUAUAUCUUACUGGAGCUGCCAGACACAUCCAUGCAAUUAACUAGUGUAGAAGUACAUAUUAUUAAAACGAAUGAAAUAAAGACGUUAAAAUUGGAACAAAAUGAUGUAAAUAAGGGAUUAUACAUGGCAACACAUUUGUUUGAACCAGGAAAGUCGUUCAGACUAGCUUUAAGGGGCUCGCUACAAUCAAAUGGACAAAGUAUUAAAGGCCUUACAAAGAAUCUGGACCCUCAACAUCCAGAAAUGGUCACAGAAUGGAUUCCUCCAGAUACAGAAAUAAUCGAUCCAGAUUUUAUUCUGCUGGAUUUUGGUCGGAAUGCUACUUUCGCCUGUAAAGUUGAAAGUUUUCCCAGUCCUGAUGUCUGGUGGGAAAACGAUCAGGGUGAAAAACUACCUUCAGAAACAGUCCUUCUCGAAAUCCCUUCUACAUACAUUAGUUAUGUGAAAAUAGAUAACGCAACAAGAAAUGGAACUGUUUCAUGCAAGGCAAAGAACGCAGUGGACACAGCUGAAAACUCUAUUGAGGUUUUCAUCAAUAGAACCUUUACAUUUGAAGUCCUGCAAUAUCCUACAGAUAUAACAGUGGAAUACGGAGAAGAAGGUAGACUGCUUUGCGAAGUAAAUGCUUAUCCAGAAGCAGAGAUAAAAUGGUACCAUAAUGGAACAGAAGUUCAAGGAAAUGAUGAUAUAGAAUUGAUACCGGAUGAACAUUUGUUAUUGAUAAAAGAGAUGACUUUGAACAAUACGGGCGAAUACGUUUGUGAAAUACGAAAUGAUGCGGAGUUUAGAAGCUUUGGAGCUAAAGUAUAUAUUACUGGUUUAGAUGCACCGGAAAUUAAAUUACUAGAUAGUGAAAUAGUUUUAAAACCAGGUGAUUGGACUCAACAGGAGUGCACUGUUCUUAAAGGAAAACCGGAGCCCAAAAUAACGUGGAAGUACAAAGUGGAAAAUGAUUAUGAUUAUUUAGACAUACCUGAUGGCGUUCAUGUUGAAGAAAAUAUUAUAAAAAUACCAUCGGCUCAAACUUUCCAUGCUGGUGUUUUUGUAUGUGAAGCGACGAACAUAAUGGGUGUAGAUAGUCAACAAGUUACUAUUAGAGUACAGUUCCCACCAAAAAUAAGGAAUAAGGAUGAAAAUGUGAUAGCCAAGCAAGGAGAUCUAGUAGCUCUGUCUUGUGAUGUGGAUGCUGUUCCCGACGCUCAAGUACACUGGGAUAUGUACCAGGAUGACGUCAUAAUAUCCUUCGACGACGGGCACUACACAGAUGAUAGAAACACGCACAGGUUUACAGCAAAAGCUAAUGACUCUGGCAUGUACCAUUGUAUCGCAGAAAACUCUAUGGGAAAAGCGAUACGUACUGUGAACGUCAACGUUUGGGUAUCACCAUACAUAGAUCUACCUACUUCCAAUAACAUCACCUCAAAAGCCGGAUCAACUGUGUAUUUAGAUUGUUUUAUUGGCCUGGGAAAUCCGAUGCCAGCAACGAGAUGGGAAUUUAUUGCGCCGAACAGCAAUAUAACAGUUUUAACGGUUGGACAUUCCACUGGAAGUCUUAACUACGUGCUGAAAAAUAUAUCGAGAAGAAACGAAGGCACUUAUCGAUGCAUUGCUGAAAAUGAAGUUGGUGUAGACACUAUACAUAUAUAUUUAAAAGUCGUCUAAAUAAUAUUAUUUUUUUAUUGUUCAAUUUUAUUAUUAGUGUAUAAAAUGUAAUCAUUAUUUUUAUUUAGGUUAUUUAAUUAUGGUAAUAAAGUUGUAUGUAAGAUAAAAAGGC